AUAAUUGAGAAUUGAGCACUUUGUUUGAAGUUGUGCUUUUUUGAGAAAUUACCCUUAGGAAAUGGCUGCGAGAUACCGAGAUGUUGGCACGAAGGUAUAUAUUGGUGACCUCCCUAGAGAGGCAUCUGAACGAGAACUAGAACGCAUAUUCCGAGAGUACGGAAGGUUGCGUAACGUAUGGGUUGCGAGAAACCCACCUGGCUUUGCUUUUGUUGAAUUCGAAGAUGCUGCAGAUGCCAGCGAUGCGGUGCGUGAACUCGACGGAACAGUUAUGUGUGGUGUCCGCGCCCGUGUUGAAUUGAGCACUGGAAAGUCGCGACAGAAGCCCUGGGUGCGUGGAGGUGGGGGUGCGCGUAAUGGUGGGGGACGUGACAAUGGAAUUGGUUCUCGCCGUAUGAAACCGUUUGACCCAACAGAUCGGUGUUACGAGUGUGGAGAACGCGGGCAUUAUGCCUACGAUUGUCGUCGUCGAGGUGGUGGGCCGGGAGGUCCAAAUGGACGCAGCAGGCCUGAAGGCCGAAGAAGGUCGAGGUAAUUCAUCUUACUCGCAUGUCGUCUGGUAUCGUCUCGGCUACCAUGAUACGUUAUCAACUGUAUCAGUUUUGUCAUCCAAGUACGACAUCCUUAGACUAUAUCGACAUCCUAUCUCGCAGUGUAACAGCUCAGUCAAAUGCUGGUGCUCUAAUUUCCGUAGCGGUGACUCGUCACUAGCACACGGAAUGUACUAUGAAAAGACUGGUCUCCAUAGGCACUUCAUUCAAAAUUGGCAUCUUUGACUUCAUUGCGGCGGGCAUAAACUGCCUUACAUCUCGGCAUCUGUGAGCCGUCGACAUCGUCGUCGUGACUACAGACAGCCUCUAAAGUUAACGUCCGUAGAGACCUACAGCUUGUUUUCCUUCAUGCCUAAACGUACAUCAUUCUUAAUGUUCUUUCCUUUCAGAUCUGUAUCAAACCAUAGAAGUUUCUCCAGAAGCCGCAGUCGUUGAUGUAAAUGGGGUUCGCAGGUUUACAAUGCAUUUCACUUCAAAUCCAAAAUUGUCCAGGUCGCAUCAUGCCGUUUUUUUAAUCCAAAAUAUAAUUAUUACUCAUAACGUCUUUUAGUCUCCUAGAUUUCGUUUGUUAAUUUGUCGCCUCAAUACUUAUAACCCGCUUACAGCUUGAAAUUCGCAAGAUAAGUUAGAUGCUAAAUCUACUUGUAAGAAAACAGUUUUUUUUGAGGCAAGUAAACAAUUUUAGGCCUUAAUGGGUUCAUUAAGAGUUGGAGAUACUCGUAAGCAACUAGUAUUUCAUCACAGAUGCCUUAGAGAUAUUGCUUUCAUUUACUGAGAUCACCGGGUAAGUAAUAGUGAG